AUGGGUAUCUGUGCCUCGUGCCUGGGCGGUAACCGUCACGAAUCCCCCGAGCCCGAGUCCUCCCGUCUACUGGAUGAGGAUCCUUAUCAGGCUGGAUACGGCUACGGAGCGCUCAACCAAGCUCAACAGGCCAAUCAGCCGGAUCCGGAGUAUGUGAGGCGCGAAAGGGAGGCCCUAGAUGCCAUUUGCCAACGAACGUCCGACACCGUCAUCGAUAUUUGGUCCCUCCAACCCCAACCGCAUCUCCAACCGCAUGCAACCCUCCAUGUUCCCCGAUCCACGUCAACGUCACCUGCUACAAAUGAUGGAAGUACACAUCUCAUUGUCACUUCGGACCAGGCAUCGAUAACCAGUCGUCCUAACUCUGGAGGCGCCGUGCCCAAGCACUGGGGUGAGGUUGUCGUUAACCCGAAUAAGAAGCGCUCUCGCCCCAACAUGAAGGCAGAACAUGAUGCAAGUCGCGACGUUUUUGGAGUCCUCAAGGUGACGUAA